UCUAUAACCAGUCCACUAGGGGGCAGUAGUGUUCUCUAAAGGCUGCCUGUUAAGUAGAAAAAGAAUACCUUGAGGUUCAGCGGUCUUUAGAGGAUAAAUAAAAGACUCGAAUGGUUGUUAUUUGUCCAGGAGAUCCUUCAGGUGAUCUUAAAUUGUUAAAUUAAAAAUUUGAAGCCAUAAAUCGGAAGAAAAUGCAGGAUGACGCGCGGUACCUCAAACGAAAAGUGACUGCAGGCAGUUUGGAUGUCCAUCCCACUGAGAAAGCCCUUGUGGUCCAGUAUGAGGUGGAGGCAUCCAUCCUGGGGGAGAAUGGAGGUCCGAUGCUGGGUGAACGCAAGGAGGGACAAAAAAUAAUCCGCGUGAAAAGCCUCUCUCCUACUACAGAUGUGGCCGCUUUGGCCAGGAAAGUGGUAGAGGAGUGUAAACUCAUCCCCGCCUCCCGCUUGCCACAGGUGGAGCAGCUGCUUUAUUACCUACAGAACAGGAAAUCCUCCCCAGUGGAGGCCAAAGGGGUGGAAAAGAAAGAGAAGAAAACAGUGAAGCCUAAAGAUCUGACACCAUUUGAGGGAACGGAGUUGAACGAGGAAGCUAGCAUAACAAAGAUGGAUGAGUAUGUUGAGCUGCUUUAUGAAGGCCUCCCAGAGAAGAUCCGAGGCUCUGGUCUCAUUUUGCAGCUCGCCCGUAACCCAGAUAACCUGGAGGAGCUGCUUUACAACGAAGCAGCUUUAGGUGCGCUGGCCCGGGUUCUGAGAGAGGACUGGAAACAGAGCGUAGAGCUUGCUACUAUUAUCAUUUACAUCUUCUUCUGCUUUUCAAGUUUCUCCCAGUUUCACGCUGCAGUGAGUCACUAUAAAAUCGGAGCGCUUUGUAUGAGUGUGGUGGAACAUGAACUGAAGAGGCAUGACAUGUGGCGUGAGGAGCUACGCAAGAAAAACAAAGCUUGUGAGUCUGCGCCAGAAAAUGGCUCCUUAAGACGAGACCAGGACAAAACGCUGAGAAAAUACCAAGCCCUUCUGGCUAAGCAGGAGCAGCUGCUCAGAGUUUCUCUCUACCUGCUGUUGAACCUCGCUGAGGACACCAGGACAGAGCUGAAGAUGAGGAACAAAAACAUUGUUGGACUGCUGGUCAAAGUUCUUGACCGUGAUGAUGAGGAGCUGCUGGUUCUGGUGGUUUCCUUCCUCAAAAAGCUGUCGAUCUUCCUGGAGAAUAAGAACGACAUGGCUGAGCUGGACACCGUGGAGCGACUGGCUCGUCUGAUUCCCUGUGAACACGAUGAUUUGUUGAAUCUGACUCUACGUCUGCUGCUCAACCUCUCGUUUGACUCCGGACUUCGAGCCAAGAUGGUGGAAGUCGGGCUGGUGCCCAAACUGACAGCGUUGUUGGGUGAUGAGAAUAACCGACAGGUAGCCAUGCGCCUCCUGUACCACAUCAGCAUGGACGACCGCUUCAGAGGCAUGUUCGUUUACACCGACUGCAUCCCUCAGCUCAUGCAAAUGCUCUACGACCACGGCGAGGAGGAAAUUGAUGUGGAACUCAUCUCCAUCUGCAUCAACCUGUCUGCUAACAAGAAGAACGCACAGCUCAUGUGUGAAGGAAAUGGACUGAAGAUGCUCAUGAAGCGAGCUCUGAAGACUAAAGACUGCCUUCUGAUGAAGAUGAUCAGAAACAUCUCACAGCAUGAUGGUCCAACCAAGCCGCUGUUUAUAGACUAUGUGGGAGAUCUGGCUGCAGAGAUCCGUGCUGUAGAAGGGGAGGUGUGGAUCCUGGAGUGUCUGGGAACGUUGGCCAACCUCACCAUUCCUGACCUGGACUGGGAGCUGCUGCUGAAAGAAUAUAACCUGGUGCCUUUCCUCAAAGACAAUCUCAAACCAGACUCGGCAGAGGAUGACCUCAUACUGGAGGUGGUCAUAAUGAUUGGAACAGUUUCCAUGGAUGACGCCUGCGCUGUCAUGUUGGCUAAAUCUGGCAUCAUUCCUGCCCUUAUUGAACUACUGAAUGCGCGCCAAGAAGAUGACGAGUUUGUGUGUCAGAUCGUCUACGUCUUUUAUCAGAUGGUGUUUCACCAAGCCACACGGGACGUCAUCAUCAAAGACACGCAGGCUCCCGCUUACCUGAUAGACCUGAUGCACGACAAGAACACCGAGAUCAGAAAAGUGUGCGACAACACGCUCGACAUAAUCGCUGAGUACGACGAGGAGUGGGGGAGGAAAAUCCAGUCGGAGAAAUUUCGUUUCCACAACAACCAGUGGUUGGACAUGGUCGAGAGUCGCCAAGUGGACGAGUCUGAGCCGUAUCUGUACGAUAACGACGAGAGGACUGAUCUGUUCUACAGCGCAGAUGGAAUAACCCCAGGAGAUGGUUCAGUCAGCCCAGAUUUCUUCGGUGAUCUGCAGUCUCAGAAUGGAGACUCACAUCUCACAGGAGAUGUGGGCGACGUCUUCGACCAGACCAGCUCAUCACCUGGACGACCAGUUACUGCUUACGGCUUCAGACCUGAUGAGCAGCUGUUCUCUCAGUACUCAUAAGAGCACACACACACUUUUGGUCCUGCUGAUGUACCGCAUCCCGUCUUUCCAGCUUCCUGCAUGUCCAGUUCCAUCACAGCUCCAGUUCUCCUUGCCUUUACUCGGACUGUGAGCAGACACCCUAAAAUACAUGUUUUGGAUUGCAGUAAAAGGAAAGCUGCAGGCUACAUCCACUUUCAUAUUCACUCAGCUUUUUCAUUCAUUCAUUCCUCAUUAUCUGCAACAGAUGAGUAUUUGAGUCUGACUUUACCUGACUGUUGUGGCCAGUAAUAUUCUGAAUAUGAACAGAAAGUUUUGAUUGUUUUUGUCGUCCUAUUUUGCACAUUUGUUCUCUUUUAAUAUUUAUUGAUACUUCAGAUCAUUCAGAACGAGAAAAUAAAAAGAAACACUAAAUUAGUGGUCUUAAGGGGAACUCCUAUAAUUAUAAGAAAACUAAAACAAGUGUUGACAUAGAUAACAUUAUAAUAGAGCUGUUUUAGUUUAAUUGGCUAUUUAGUGUUUAUUUGGUGAUGGUGGGAGGGGCAAAUGUCUCGGUUUAGUUGACUUGGAGCUGGAAAUGACGUCUUACAGUUGUCUUAACCACACAAAUCUUGGCCAGCGUGAGUCAGAAAUGUAGCUGACAAGUUUCAGCCAUCGGGGUUGUUUGAGGUCUUAAAGCACACUGCUGGUCAGGUUUUGUUUGCAUGAACAAAUUAUCCUAUUUCAUGCUUUUCUUUCAAAGUUGAACUCUUCUGCAACGACUCACUCAGACACAGCUGCAAGUAGAGGUUCAGUAGUCUCAUCAAAGUUCCUUUUAAGUUAAAUUUGGCUUUAUCGGGUGUGCAGGAAGAAAUUUAAGACUGUAAAGUUUCACUGAUGAGAAAGGAGCCUUGCUGACCCCUGCAGGAGGUCACCUGCACCUCUUUCAGUUUCACCUGUCUAAGUAGCGACUGAGUUUGAAUUUGGUGGAAAAAGCAACCCAGAGACUCUGUGUCUAUCUCUGUAAAUUAUGCAAUGACCAUUAAGGACAUAUGGGGAUCACUAAAAAUAGUCCUCUGUUAAACCAGCCACUUCUAGGGGUCUCAGAUGCUCUGUUUGCAGGACACAUGCUACUUUUAGGCAUUUUUGCACAUAGUUUUAAAUACAAUGCAUGUUAAUUGUUUUGUUUUUUUAUAGUAGCCUUGAUGUCAAAACACUGUAAAUAAAAGCAGUUAGUGCAUGUUCUAUCUCAUGUCAUGUAUCCUCAGGUUUAUUUAAAUAUAUUAAUCUCAUGUUAUAA